AUGGUCGACUUAAUCUAUCUGCCAGUUCUGGUAGUUGCUUCUACUAUCUUGUAUUUCGGAGUGAGGUUUGUCUAUAACGUCUUCUUUCACCCACUGCGAGAGUACCCAGGACCUUUCCUAUCAAAGGCUACUCGAGCGGUCUGGGCGUAUCAUACAUUCAAUGGGGACAUGCUUCAGUAUAUUACCUCACUCCACGAAAAGUAUGGGGAUGUUGUCCGAAUUGCUCCAGACGAGCUAUCCUAUAACACCGCACAGGCAUGGAUUGACAUUUACGGACAUCGAUCUCCCAAUGGGAAUGGAAACCUGCCCAAGGAGGUCUCGAAAAGGCGACCAGAAUUAAAUGGCACACCAAGCAUAAUCAGCGCCGACGACCCAACACAUCGCCGCAUGAGACGUAUCCAAGCUCACAUGUUCUCUGAAAAGGCACUUUCCGCUCAAGAACCCCUGAUUAACGGCUACGUUGACUUGUUGAUUUCGAGAUUACAAGAAAAGGCGAAAAACCCCGAAACAAACGUGUUGAAUAUGGUAUUGUGGUACAACUAUACUACUUUUGAUAUCCUCGGGAGCCUAGCUUUCGGUGAAGAUUUUAGCUGUUUAGAAUCGGACGAUCUUCAUCCUUGGAUUGCAAAUAUGUGGCGAUCCCUCAAGGAUGGCACAUUCGUGAGAGUCUCAAAGCAUUUCCCCUGGCCUUUUGAUAAACUAGUAUAUUCCUUGGGUCCACCAGAAUUGAAAUCAGCUCAGAAGGUGGAUUAUGACUUUGCCUCGGGGAAAGCAAGGACUAGGAUGGCCCAAGGAGAAACAGACCGUGUUGAUUUCAUGAGUUAUAUCCUUCGACACAACGACGAGAAAGGAAUGACGACUGCGGAGAUUGAGAGCAAUGCAGCACUUCUCAUCCUUGCUGGCAGUGAGACAACCGCGACUUUCCUCUCUGGAAUCACAUAUAACCUUCUACGCACUCCCGAAGUCCUCAAAACUUUGACAGAACUCGUCCGUAACACAUUUGCCACGGAAGACGACAUCAACAUUCAUGGUGUUCAGCGACUUGAGUACUUCACGGCCUGCCUCGAAGAGGGAUUGCGCACCUAUCCUCCGGUUCCUUCUGGACUACCACGUGUAUCCCAAGGGAACGUGAUCAACAACAAAUAUGUGGCCGCGGGUACAGUAGUGUCAGUUCAUCAGUGGGCAAGUUAUAGCUCCCCUAAAAACUUCGCGGAUCCCGAGAAGUUUGUACCGGAACGUUGGAUGAAGGAGCCACCAGCGAGAUAUGCAAAUGAUCACACAAAGGUGUUUCAGCCAUUCAGUUUCGGCCCAAGAAACUGUAUUGGCCGGAAUCUUGCAUAUGCGGAAAUGCGUCUCAUUUUGGCGCGAGUACUUUGGAAUUUUGACUUGGAGCUUCAACCAAGUGCUCAAAAUUGGAAUUCACAGAAAGUUUUUGUUCUUUGGGAGAAAGGACCACUUUCCGUCAAGCUUGUUCCUCGCAAGCUUUGA